GCAAAGAUUCUCUUUUCCAGACAGUGGAGGGAAAAAAGAUGAUUCUGAAGCAGAGCUCCGCAGCAAUAUCCGUCGCCGGAAAAUCUGAUCCCAUCUUACGUUCUUCGCCUUCUGCUUCUCGAGUCGGGCUUUCUCCGGCGAGAAGAGUCCGCCCUUGCCGGGGUUCCUUCAUGGAGAAGCCGCAUAACCUUCAUUCUUCACCGUCGACGAGAUUCAAUCCGGUGUUGGCUUGUCGGGCCACGGCGACGCGUCGCUCUGACGGGAAAUUUCCGAUCAGCGAGAGGAAAGAGGACACGCCCGUUCAUGGACUAUCAGAGAUGAUUGUUGGGGUCCUUGGGGGUGGACAAUUGGGCCGCAUGCUUUGUGAAGCAGCUUCUCAAAUGGCUAUCAAAGUGAUGGUUUUAGACCCUUCUGAGAAUUGCCCGGCUAGCGCAUUGUCUUACAGUCACAUGGUUGGAAGCUUUGACAACAGUGCAACGGUUAAAGAGUUUGCAAAAAGAUGUGGAGUUUUGACUGUGGAGAUUGAACAUGUUGAUGUGGAAACACUAGAAAAACUCGAGCAACAAGGAGUGGAUUGCCAACCUAAAGCCUCAACUAUCCGGAUUAUCCAGGAUAAAUAUAUGCAAAAAGUUCAUUUUUCUCAGCAUGGCAUCCCGCUUCCUGAGUUUAUGCAGAUAGAUGAUAUGGAAGGAGCAAAAAGAGCAGGUGAAACUUUUGGAUACCCUCUUAUGAUCAAGAGCAAACGAUUGGCAUAUGAUGGGCGUGGAAAUGCAGUUGCCAAAAGUGAAAAUGAGCUUUCUUAUGCUGUAACUGCCCUUGGAGGUUUUGACCGUGGUUUGUACGUGGAGAAAUGGGCACCAUUUGUGAAGGAGUUGGCUGUUAUUGUCGCUAGGGGAAGGGAUGGUUCCAUGGUUUGUUAUCCUGUUGUUGAAACUAUCCACAGGGAGAACAUAUGCCACAUAGUUAAAGCGCCUGCUGAUGUGCCCUGGAAGAUUAAGGAACUUGCAACUGAUGUUGCUCAAAAGGCUGUUGGUUCUUUAGAUGGUGCUGGUGUUUUUGCAGUUGAGUUGUUCUUGACAAAGGAUUGUCAGAUUUUGCUAAACGAGGUUGCACCUAGACCGCACAAUAGUGGCCAUCAUACAAUUGAGUCAUGUUAUACUUCACAAUAUGAACAACACUUGCGGGCUGUGGUCGGUCUUCCACUGGGUGACCCAUCGAUGAAAACUCCGGCUGCCAUUAUGUACAACAUGCUGGGUGAAGAGGACGGAGAAGCCGGUUUCAAUUUGGCUCAUAAUCUUAUAGGAAGGGCUCUGAGUAUUAGAGGGGCAACUGUACAUUGGUAUGACAAGCCAGAAAUGAGAAAGCAACGGAAGAUGGGUCACAUUACCCUUGUUGGACCUUCUUUGGGUGUUGUAGAGCAAAGGCUGCAAUGCAUGUUAAACGAAGAAAGUGAUGAAACAGCAGAGACGCCUCGUGUCGGGAUCAUAAUGGGUUCGGAUUCGGAUCUUCCUGUGAUGAAGGAUGCAGCCAAAAUUCUCAGCACGUUCGGUGUGACCCACGAGGUGAGGAUAGUUUCAGCUCAUCGAACCCCCGAGUUGAUGUUCUCAUACGCAACUUCAGCUUGUAGCCGAGGAGUUCAGGUCAUAAUUGCCGGCGCUGGUGGUGCGGCUCACUUGCCAGGAAUGGUCGCUUCACUUACUCCUUUGCCUGUGAUCGGAGUUCCUGUACGUGCGACCCGAUUAGAUGGUGUUGAUUCACUUCUCUCCAUCGUUCAGAUGCCAAGGGGUGUCCCAGUUGCAACAGUUGCGAUAAACAACGCCACCAACGCAGCUUUGCUCGCUGUCCGGAUGUUGGGAAUUUCCGAUUCUGACCUUAUCUCCAGGAUGAGCCAAUACCAAGAAGACAUGAGAGCAGAGAACAUGGUUAAAGGCGAGAGGCUUGAAACUGAAGGUUGGGAAUCAUACUUGAACCAUUGAAUUUUCCGGUACGUUUUCUCGCCGGAAAAUGUUCACCCUACAAGUCAGAAUCGGUUUCUUCUCCAGUUAUCAAGACUCGGAACGAUUCUUGACUUCAUUUUUGCAGCCAGGAAAGUUCUCAAAGAGUGAGCAACAUAAACCGGAAGCAAAACUUCCGGUUUUCGAGUUAUCCUUGACCGAUGAUUGUAUCGAUAGUUCUUUUUUUGGGUUUAGUUCCCUGGAUUUUGUCUUCCGGUUUAACUUUCGAAUUUCAAAUGGAUAUUUGAUUAAUUGAGAAUAAAUAUGAAUUGCUUACUUA